AUGAGAGCCCCAAUUUCUUCCGUUCAAGCUUUGUUUGGGGCAAAAACUCGUGUUCCUCAAAUUAUUAAUAAAAAUCCCAAUAAUUAUAAUAAUUAUAAUAAUUCUUUUAUUCAUUUUCCAUAAAUAAAAAGCAAUAAAUCAUAAUUUCAUUUUGGGUAAUGGGUUCUCGGAAAAUCCCAUCGGACCACCGGCCGACGCCUGACCGAUGAUAUUAUCGUUCGGUUCUCCUCUCGCCCUUACAAUCUCAGGCAAUCUAUGUAUGCCCCUAACUAAUUGAUCGUCAAUACUCAGAUGCUUAGUGUUCUUGAGGCAAUGGAUUCUUUGAGAGAAGAUGGUAUUACUAAAGUGUGCUCUGCAAAUGACGAUUUUAAUGAAAGUUCUUUCAACAAAAGUACAGAUGAGUGUGUUACGGAAUGUGCUCUCGUUAGAUGUUGUCAUAGUGACUUUAGAGCAGAGAACACGGCUGCAUCUACUGUGGAGUUUCCAGUGCAGGAUGCACCAAUUCAAGUUGAAAGUGAAUUAGAAAAAUGUGAACAAGCACGUUUUUUCUUGGGUGUAGAUAAGCGUAUGGAAGAGUUGGGGACGGAUGAUGUGGUUGGUGUGGUAUUUGAUUCCCUUGAAAAGGCAGAGGCAUUCUACUAUGUGUAUUCUAAUGUUCUUGGGUUUAGUGUACGGAAAGAUGAUGUGAGACGUGAUAAACGUGGUUCAGUUGUUUUGAGGAGAUGGGUUUGUUCUAAGGAAGGGCAAAGACGUCAAAAACACAUUGAACAAGCUGAUCGGAGGCAACGAACAAGGGCUAUGACAAGAAUAGGGUGUUGUGCUGCGUUUCGUGUGAGUUAUAGUAAACAUAAAGGCAUAUGGAUUGCUAAGGAAUUUGUGCCAAAUCACACACACGGAGUUUCAAGAAUUAACGGUCCUUGGCAGGAUUCUCGUUGGCCAACUCAAGUUGGAACAUAUGUCUUUAGAGAAUGGGAACAAUCAAGCUUUCACUUAGGUAUCGAUAAGCGUAUGAAUGAGUUGGUCAAAGAAGAUGUGGUUGGCACUGAGUUCGAAACACUUGAAAAGGCGGAGGCGUUUUACUACAUAUACUCCAAUGUUGUUGGAUUUAGUGUACGUAGACAUGAUAUGAAACGAGACAAAGAUGGCUCUAUUGUGUUUAGGAAAUGGGUUUGUUCUAAAGAAGGGCAAAGGCGUCAAAAGCACCUAGAAAGGAUUGAUAGGAAGAAACGAUCAAGGGCUGUGACUAGAGUAGGUUGUUCCGCUUCAUUAUCUGUGCGUUGCAAUAGAAAGACAGGCAAGUGGGUUGUUAGGGAAUUUGUGUCAAACCACACACAUCCAUGGGAACCAAUUGAUAUGUUAGUUACUCCACCAAAUCAGAAUGUUGAAUUUGGUUUAGUAAAAGAGAAGGAUGCAGCUGAGGGUGAAGGGAAAGGAAACACAGGAAGUAAUGAGCAAAUUAGCUCUUUGAGAGAAGAAGUUGGUAGCAACCGAGGAUGCUGUCUUAAUAAUAAUUGUAAUGAAGGAUCUUGUGGUGGAAGGAGCAAUGAAUUUGAGCUUGAAUGUGGUGACACAACGGGUGUCUCAGUUCAAGCUCAAAGUUGCUUAGAAAGAUGUGAACAAUCACACUUUUUUUGCUUGGAUAUUGAUAAGCGUUUUGAAGAACUGACAACAGAAACUAUGGUUGGUUUGGAAUUUCACACCCUUGAAAAGGCAGAAGCAUUCUACUACAUGUAUUCAAGUGUUAUCGGGUUUAAUGUAAGAAAAGAUGAUGUAAAACGUGAUAAACGCGGUUUAGUUUAUCUAAGGAGAUGGGUUUGUUCUAAGGAAGGCCAGAGGCGUCAAAAGCAUCUGGAAAGGGUUGAUCGAAAGCGAAAACCAAAGGCUUUGACAAGAGUAGGGUGUUGUGCUGCAUUUCGUGUUAAUUAUGACCGCAAGAAAGGCAGUUGGAUUAUUAAGGAAUUUGUACCAACUCACACACACCAGUUGGCAGCAGCUAAAGAGUUACCAUCUCUUAAACCAAACUGCAAUAUGGAAGACUUAGUGCAAACAAAGACAAUGGGAAAUGUUGAGGAUGGAAGAGAAGGGAGCGCGAGUAGUGUUCAACCAACUUGUAAUGUAUUGUUCUUACAAAACAAUGUUGUGAAUGAAAGGGAAGGAUGCACGAGCGGUGUUCGACCAGCUUGUGAUAUCACUUUCUUACAAGAUAUUGGAAGGGAAGGAAGCACGAGUGAUGUUCAACCAGUUUGUGACAUGUCUUUCUUACAUGAUAACGGAAGGGAAGGAAGUACAGGUAGUGAUGGUCAACCGACUUGUGAUGUAUCUUUCUUACAGGAUAAUAUUGGGGAUGGAAGGGAAGGAAGCAUGAGUGGCGUUCAACAAAAGAGUCAUGUUGCGUCUUCCUUACAAGAGAAUGUUGUGGAUAGAAGGGACGAAACAACGGGUGGCAGUGUUCAAAGAAGAACUAGUGAUGUUAUCCAUGGAAUUACUUUGCCGCCAUGGACAUUGACAAUGCCAAAAAUAGACAAGGGGACACAAGUCAUUAAAAUCCCCUGUGUCAAUGAGGUUGAAGGCCUUCCCCUUCCAGAUGAUGUCAAACAUGUAAGUGCAGAAAUAGCGACAAUGCUACUACAAAUGGUCGGUGGUCUCCAUGAAGUGGUCAUGGAAACAAUCCUCGAAGCAAAGGACAAAUUAAAGGAAGCCAAUGAAGAAUCUCAACGAAAAGACCUUGAAAUUGCCGAGUUGCGAAAUGCGCUAGAAGCUUUCAAGCACGCAGCUGAGUAUCAGGGCAGCAAGGAAUCCAACCAUGAUAACCCAAUAGAAGUAAGAAAUUUUGGUGGUAUUAUAAAUUUAAAUGAAGCUAAUGGUGAGGAGAUUGUAGUUGAUAAGGGAGGAGAAGUAGGUAGGCAAAGUGUUAAUGGCAGUGACUAUGGUAGCAAGAUUUAUUAUGAGCAGAACAAUUUAGUGAGAAAGCAUUUCAUAUUAAUGGAUGCAGACAUGACUGAUAGGUUACCCAAGAAGACCAAGACAAAUUUGUAGAUGGACUAGUUUUGAUGUGUAUAAUAUAUAUUAGAGAAAUGCUAAAAAGUACCAGUAGUGUUUAGUACCUUAUAAGGUGUCAUAUUGCUAUUGGUGCAAUUAAGUAUUGAGUCUUAUAUAAUUUAAUAUAAUAACUUUUAGGAGAUAUUGUUAACCAAUUGCAAGGCACCACUUCUAGGUGAUGCUAGGCACCACUGGCACCUAAUAACAAUCUUCUAUAUAUUAAUUAGGGUAAUACUUAGUGGGAUGCUUUUUAAUUUGUAAUAUUUUGUGUAUAUGGUUUUUCAUCCCAUAAAUCUAUGAUUUUUAGUAGGUAUUAUUAGUUAUGGUACUCCAUAGAAGAAAGGCUUAACCUUGAUCCAAAUAGUGAUUUGAAGCUACUCAAUAUAUGGCUCACCUCAUGGAAUGGCAGGUUUUUUUCUUCUCAAAAUCAGCUCCUUCACCAAUUGGGCAAUGGAGAAAUUGUGUUUGGCUUAAUAUCAACAUUAUAUAUAUAUACAUAUAUUGUAUAUUAAUAUUGAAUGAUCAUAAUGGUGCAUUGAAA